AACAUUUACAUAUUUCCAAACAUGCAUAAAUCAACCGCCGAUCAUCCAUCAUCAAUCACAAUAAAAGUUCCACCACAGCCAAUCACAUCGACCGCCCUGGUGUUUUACCCGCAGGCUAUGCCCUUGUGUACCAUGUACCAAUUUGCACCUACCAUCUAUAAAGUGGGCCAUACCAAGACAAACAUCGUGCUUCUAGGAAGGUCUUUUGGGCAAUUAAUUGGGUUUCCUAAGUGCCGACGCUUGUGUUCCAUGUUGACGUAAGGUAGGAGCUAUUAAGGAAUGUGCGUUUGCGCAUAUAGGAGGGCUUGGUUGCCCUCUUUGCGUCGUUCAUAGUCUAUGGCACCUGCCGCAAGGCAUGCAAUCAUAACAUUUUCGUCGAAAGAAAGAUGCCCAGAUACAACUUCCUGUCAAGUCUCGACUCGUAAUUCGUUUCUUUUCAUCAAUGCAAUAUGAAAAUCCACGCAGUAGCAGAAGAAGAGAUGGGGUUACUCAAACCACCGACCGCCAACAGUGCAAUCGACAAUGAAAAACAGCCCCAAGCCCUCUCAUCGCAUGCUUCGGGGACACAAGACAAAACAACAUGGCGUUCGCUUCCGCAGAAAAAUCAACUCCUUUUACUAGCGCUCUGCCGCCUGUCUACGCCUCUCUCGAAUGCCUGCCUCCUACCUUACCUCUACCCGCUCGUCUCAAGUAUUCUUACCACGUCGAAUUCCACCCCCUCUCCACAAGCCAUUACUCGGCAAACCGGUCUCCUAGUAGCAGCGUACCCCUUGGGGCAGAUGUGCACCAGCAUUGUCUGGGGCAAGCUCUCCGACAUCUACGGACGCAAACCCGCCAUAUUGAUCGGCCUUCUCGUUAGCGUCAUUGCGAACUUUGCAUUCGGCUUCUCAACGUCUAUCGCGACUUUGCUAUUUUGGCGGGUUGUAGCAGGCAUGGCGAAUGGAAUCCUAGGCGUUAUGAGGACAAUGACGACGGAGAUUGUGCGGGAGAAGCGGUGGAAUGCUCGCGCGUUUCUGGCGAUGCCGGUGGUCUUCAACAUGGGGAGGGUGGUUGCACUUGUUGUGGGAGGGUGUCUGGCAGAUCCGGUGAAGCAUAUGAAGUGGGCUUUUGGGAAAGAUGGAGUUUUCAAUUUCCAGGGUGAGGAGGAGGGGGUACGGUGGCUGAGAAAAUACCCGUACGCACUUCCUGCAUUGUUCAAUGCGGGGGUUCUUGCGGUCUGCUUGGGGGCUGCCACGUUUGGAUUAAGAGAGAGCUUAGAAGAGAGAAGAGGUGGAAGGGAUUUGGGGAUUGUGCUGGGCAGACGAGCUACUGCUUUUUUCAGGAAGAGAAUGAUUCGAAAGAAGCACCAUGAAUAUGUUGUCGUACAAGAUGAAGACGAUUUCGAUACCCCAUCACCGUAUCUGGACCCUGCUACGUCCACUCCACCUCCAAAAAUUUCUCCAAAGACCAAGUUUCGAGACAUCUGGACAAGGAGGCUCGUAAAAGCACUAGUAUCAUUUGGCCUCCUGCCUCUUCACAACACAGCAUUCCUCCAUAUUUUCCCCGUCUUUCUCAGCAUGCCGAUACAAGAAGACAACCAUUCAACCGUUUUAAACUCUACAGGUGGAUUGGGGUUCUCACCACCAACCGUCGGUCUGUCCCUCGCCGCUUUUGGAAUCUUUGGCAUCGUCCUGCAGCUCUUCCUCUACCCGCGUAUCCACAAAAGACUAGGCACCCUUGGUGUAUUUCGCCUCGCAAACUUCAUAUUUCCGCUCGCCUACAUAUUCGCUCCUUUUCUCUCUCUCAUCUCUACCCAGAAAAUUGCGCGAUGGCCUGCGAUUGGCGGUAUCCUGUUCUUACAGGUUCUUGCGAGGACAAUGGCAAUUCCGAGUAGCAUCCUAUUGCUGACCGACGCGGCGCCGAAGCGGAGUGUGAUGGGGACAGUCCAUGGCGCGGGGAAUACGCUGGGUGCAUUUGCGAGCGCGGUGGGUCCUGCUGUCGGCGGAGUGCUCCUCGCGAAGGGCAUUGAUGUCGGGGCUGUUGGAGUGGUUUGGUGGAGCUGGAUGUUAGCGGUGGCAUUGUGUGCGCUUGCUUGGAGCUUUAUGAUGAGGAGUGAGGAAGAUAAUGAGCCUAACGAGAAAGAGUCCCAUCCUUACCGCAUCACGUGGGUUUCUACAUCACCAUCAACAAGUGCAUUGAGUCUGCUGCUGUCGGUCUCCGCUUUCCACCCACAGACAACCCAUUCGAUCCUCCCCGCUACCGCCGACUCGACGACCCUCACGAUGGUGUCCGCCCAGCUCAUCAUGACGACCGUGGGUGCGCUCUUCGCCCUGCUCCUCCCGGUCUUCAUGCAGUUCGCCAAUUUCGAGAGCGUGUGUCUCUGCGUGCUCGUUGGUGCGGUUCUGCUUUUGCAAGCUGCAGUCACUCAACGCCACUUGUUCACGGAGAUGCAGGUGCUCCGCUUCUUUCUCGCGUUCAAUGCCACCCUCGUUGCAUCGCGGGUCGCGCGAUACAUCGUGAUUGGAGCACCAUCGCAGAUUGCCCUCACGUAUGCGUUUGUUUUCAACUUUGCUCUGUGUUGGUUCUUGCCUGCCAAUCUGGAUCAAGCCAUUGAGGAUCUACUCAUCGCUAAAUUUGCAUGCAAGCCUAUAGUCUUGUACAAGGGCCUCUUCUCUUUGUGCUUAGCUUUGGGUAUCACAGUUGCGCUCCGGCCCUACUACAAUGUCAACACAUCCACAUUCGGUAUCAACACGACAAAACUCUGGAUCUGCAUACUCGUUAUAUACACGUAUAGCGCGAUCCUGAUCUACAAGGCCAUUACGUUCAUAUGCGAAUUCAACCUCCCCGCACGACCAGAGCCCCUCGGGGCAAUGCAAGAACAGAUUGGCAAGGUAGAGGACUUGCACAGAAGUCCGUCGAGGCGCACACAUCAAGUCCUUCAGAUUGAAUAA